CCAUGAACUGAUCUGGCAAUUGCCAUUGUAUGAAGUGAGAAGAAGGAAUAGAACCUGAAACAGGAGUACAAGACAACAACAAGGAUGUCCAAUUCCAGAAAAAUAAUUGAGUUGUUUUAUGAUGUUACCUCUCCUUAUUCCUGGUUGGCAUUUGAGGUGCUGUGUCGCUAUAGAAAUGUUUGGAACAUCAACCUCAAAUUCAAACCAGCAUAUUUAGGAGGAGUCAUAUACGGCUCAGGUAACCAGCCCCCUGGAUUGAACCCUUGUAAAUUUCUAUACAUGGUCUCAGAUCUAACGCUGCUGUCUAAGUAUUUUGGAGUCCCUAUGUAUCGACCUUCAGUCCUUCCUGAGAAAGACUCUUUGAAUGCGAUGCGUUUUGUGACAGCUGUAGCAGAGAGAGAAAAAGAGGGAGACGCAUUGGAAAGGGUGUCUAAAGAGCUCUGGAAAAGAAUGUGGCGCACUCAUCAAGACAUUUCCCAGUUUUCCUCACUCACUGAGGCUGGAUUAAAGGCAGGUCUCUCAGCCAAUGAGGUGGAGGAAAUUCUGACUCUCUCCAAAUCUCAGCCAAUCAAAGACAAGCUGAAGAGAGUCACACAGGAAGCACUUGAGUAUAAAUGCUGUUUUGGUCUUCCAUUCAUCGUGUGCCACGUGAAUGGGAAGACUGAGGUCUUUUUUGGUUCUGACAGAUUUGAGCUCAUGGCUUAUUUCAUCGGGGAGAAAUGGAUGGGGCCUCACCCCAACAAACUCACAGCCUAAUUGUGAUCACUAACCCUCCAUACUCCUUUUCAACAACUUCUAAAUAAAAUGUUUAAAGUGGUGUAUAUUCACAUUGUUUUUAGUUCAACAGCAAACACACAAAAAAGAGCUAAAAAAAAAAAAAAAAAGGAAUAGUAUAGUUGAGGUCUACAUAAUACAUACUCUAUGUACAAACAUAAACAUAUACACUCCUCAGAUUAAAGGUUUU